AUGUCUUCGUCAGAGAAUUCAAGUGACUUGGCAGGCAACAUCAUCACGUAUGUUGGUGUGCCUUUGGCAGUUGCUGGAGUCUUGCCAAUAAUAUGGACGAUGCUCAUGACGUUCAGAUCUUCGCGCUUGAUUAAGUCCAAGCUCCAGCGCAACAACAUCUCUGCUAAAGUGCAUUCUGAUGGAAUUACGAGGACCAUAGAAGUUCAGUACCAAAGGUUCGCCAUCACGCCUAAACGGCCGAUGGAACCUCGAAACGGGGGCCUCUGGGGCAAGGUCCGUGGGCUUGAUAUCCGAAUGAUUUGCGAGGAUAACCACGCGAUGCACAUACCAGGUGGGACAUGGGCUAUCCUGGACUGGGAAAAGCGAAGACUACCGGAUCAAACCCAGAGACUCCAGCACCCAGAUGAGCUCCGACAGCCCCAGGCUGAGAUUAACUUCGAGGAUCUUGUCACAUAUCUCUACGAUCUGGGUGCUGUUCCAAACAGUACUGGUUGGAGAAAGUUACGAUUGAGCGGUCUAUGGACCCCCCCUAAUGUUGCUUUAAUGAGCUCUCCUACGGACUCGCGCAAGCCAUUACUUAUUACAACCUCCUUCGGGCAUGCAGACAGUCAACUAUCCUUCGCACUCACCACCUACUGGAAGGAUGAUUGGAACCCACCAGAACGGCCAAUUUUGCCUCUCUACUCAAUAUGCAUUCCUUCAAAGGAAGAUCCGAUCGCUCCAGUUGAACCCCCAAACUACAUUGGAGAAAAAGCAGAGAUAAUAUGCGAGUUUUCUGAAAUUGGCAUUACGACCGCUUACGAACGAUCCUACCCAACUUCUUCUGAAGGCCUUUGGUUCGCCGCCAUUGUUACGGCGUUGAAGAUAUCCCACAACACCAUGACGUGGAAAUUUGAUAUUCCCGAACGCAUGGCACUGUUCUGUCGAGCGGCGACCGUUCCAUGCGGCGUUUUGGAGCUCCUUGGAAUAAUUGAAAGCUCACAAACACCGGCAUGGCGAAUACGGAAUCAUGCCUGGGAGUACGGACUCUUGUCGACCUCGAGAAGAAUUGAGGAGGAAGUCAUCGCUGAAGAGCUGGAGAAAGACCUGCCUUUGGAAGCACGCGAGGCCGUCGUAGGUCGACGUUUCGAGGAGAAUCACCGACGACAGAGAUUGGAAAGAGAUUAUGACAACAUUCGUGAACGGGAAAACAAAGACCUUGAAAUACAACAGGCAUUACAGAGCCCUAAAUGGACUGUCAUCCGCGUCGCAGACUGCGGUCUGUCUUGGCUCAGAAAUCAAGAACGCAUUGGCAACAUUACCGAAUUGGAAGAUGUGGUACUUGAAAUAGUCCGCUCAAUGAUCUUAGACCCGCAGUUUUCACAUUCAAUCUGCGCGAUGCUCGAUCGCUGGAAGCAUUGGGAGAGUCAAAGUGGGAUGCGCGAAGACGACAUUAUUGAGCUCCAAGAGAGGCCAGAGACUUUUACUAAAGCAACGUUGGUGGUAGCGAUAAUUGCUAAGUCUCAAGAACAUCCAAAUAAUGUGUCACCUGACCUGAAGGAAUGUCUAAGGAAUUGGAAGGUUGUUAAACUGGGAUAA